AUGCAAGUUCAAAAACCUUUCCUCCAGUCAAAGCAGACCUUCAAUGAGCCUUUGACCUGGAGAUAUCCUGAAGAUCCAGUCAAAGAGGUGCAGUUGGCUAUUGAUGAGCAGAGACCGCUGCCUGUGCCUGCCAGUAGCGUUGCAGUUCAAUGUGGGGAGACUGCUGCUCGUGUGGAAGUCAAGAGAGAUCUGCUCGGUAUCGGCCAACUCAUUCACCCAGCGGAUCUUACUUUGGGAGGCUGUGCUGUCACUGGGGAGGAUACUUCCGCUCAAGUUCUGAUCUUUGUCACUGAGCUGCACGAAUGUGGCAGCACUCUGACGAUGACUGAAGAUUCACUUGUCUAUGUCUUCACACUCCGUUAUACACCAGCCACCCUGGGCAGCAGCCCCAUUGUUCGGACUAGAGAAGUGGUGGUCUGGGUUGAGUGCCACUAUCCAAGAAAGCAUGAUGUGAGCAGCGGUUCAGUGAAGCCCACCUGGAAUCCCUAUGCCUCCACUAAGGUUGCAGAGGAGCUCCUCUACUUCUCCCUGAGGCUAAUGACUGACAACUGGCAGUUGGAGAGACCCAGCAAAGAGUACGUCCUUGGAGAUAAUAUUAACUUUGAAGCUUCUGUCGUCCAGUUCUACCAUGUGCCCCUCCGAGUCUUUGUGGACAACUGUGUAGCCACAGUCAUCCCAAACACCAACACUGUCCCAAGAUAUGCCUUCAUCGAGAACCGUGGUUGUCUGGUCGACACCAAGCUGACAGGCUCCAGGUCCCAGUUCAUACCUCGCACCAUGGAUGACACGCUCCAGUUCCAGAUAGAAGCCUUUAGGUUUCAUGUUGUGAACACUGGCUCGCUAUACAUUACCUGCCUCCUGAAAGCCACAACAGCUUCAGCCCCUAUUGAUCAUGAGUACAAGGCUUGUUCCUUCUCGAAUGGAUGGAGCGAGGCCAGUAGGAAAGACCAGGCGUGUGGCUGCUGUGACACAGACUGUGGCUUGAGAAGGGAACCGGAUCCAGGUCACCACUCAGCUCUACAGCCCCAGUUCAUCAUCAACGCAGCCACGCACAUCCUAACUCAAAUUUGCCAGUAA